ACCUAGCUGUUUCAUUAAAAACCUUUAUUUACAACAAAACAAAACAAUAAAUGAAAAUGAAACGGCACGUUACUUGUUUGAUGAAAAGACUAACAGAAAAAAGCCAUUUUUCCACUCUACAAAUAACAAGAUUUUUAAGCACACAAGAGGCGAUAGAACGUCGCAGCUAUUUGUUCACGUUAGAAAAGAAACGGCAGAUAGAAAAUGUCGGUAGGAUCGAGAAAAUCGAAGUCCAAUACAAAGGCAUACCAAAAGACUGCACCUUGGUAAUGAAUAAAAACAUUUCGACACCGUACGACUGUGCUAGACAUCUAAGUGAAUGGCACAUGGAGAGCAGCGUUUUAGCUUUACUUGAUGGAAAUCUACACUGGGAUAUGCACAGACCACUGACUGAAAGCUGUACGCUUGAGUUUCAAAACUACAAAGCAGCAGAACCACAGCAAGUGAACAAGGCAUUCUGGCGCACAUGCUCGCUGAUGCUUGGAGCGUGCGCUACCGUUGCAUUCAAGGACACAGUUCCAGUACACCUACACAGUUUUCCACUGCCCGACAUAAGAAGCGGUUCUUUCAUCUAUGAUGUCGAUCUUCCCACUCUAAGUGAUUGGCAGCCAACUCACCAAGAGGUUUUGACUCUCGCUGCUGAAUAUGUGAAACUGUGUCGGAAAGCUGUUCCUCUAGAAAGGCUGGAAGUAGGAGAGGAGCUGGCUUUGGAAAUGUUUGUGGACAAUGAGCACAAGAGCAAACAGAUACCAAAUAUUGCUAAGACUAACGGUAAAGUGAUAUUGUACAGAGCCGGGAACCACGUUGAUAUAUCUAGAGGACCUCUCAUCAGCAAUACUGCGCAGAUAGGCCGGCUGGCAGUCACAGCUGUCCACAAACUUACAGGACCAACGGAAGAUGGUGUGAGCCAGUUGUAUCGUUUCCAAGGAGUAGCCUUACCGAAAGGAGUUGUACUGGACCAUUUCGCUUUCUCGAUAUUAAUGGACAGAGCCAAAAAAUUGAAUCCAGCCAGAUCGCCUUUUUUGAAAAAAGAGGAUCCUGAAAUUAGCGAACAAAUGGAAAAUGUCGCAGCGCAGGCGUAGGAUACAGUUAUUUGUAUAAAUAGCUUAGUAGUUAAUGUAAGCCAAUUAAAAUGUGUUGUAAGC